GAAUGGUGGGGGUGUCGCUAGGAGAUCGGGACGGGCUGCGCCUGUGAGACGAUCAACAUGCCUUUGGCCCGAGAUUUACUACACCCGUCCUUGGAAGAGGAAAAGAAAAAACACAAAAAGAAACGGCUAGUUCAAAGUCCAAAUUCUUCUUUUAUGGAUGUAAAAUGCCCAGGUUGCUACAAGAUCAGCACGAUUUUCAGCCACACUCAGACGGUGGUUCUUUGCGUAGGUUGCUCAACCCUGUUGUGCCAGCCAACAGGAGGAAAGGCGCGACUCACGGAAGGAUGUUCAUUUAGAAGAAAGCAACACUAAUGAUCCACACAGCUUCCUGAAUUUGGGUUAUAUCACAAAAAGCCUUAUCAGUUUAGUAAUUCUACUUAAUCUAC